AUGGAGAUGACCUACAAAGUUUGGGCUCUAGGGUUGGUGUCUGCACUUGGGAUGAUUCUUCUCGUCCCAUCAGGCUCUACCCAUCCCCUUGCUGGGGCUUACAGUUUGGACAACCCUGAAGAAGGAGAAAAUCAGACCAACUUUAAUAUAGUCUGUGGGCAAUCUCCCAACUCAAACCGGAUAGUCGGGGGUGAGGAUGCCAAGGAUGGAGAAUGGCCCUGGCAGGUCAGCCUCUUUUUGGACGACUCACACUACUGUGGCGGCAGCCUGCUUACCAACUCCUGGGUUCUCACUGCUUCCCACUGUGUAUUCAAAAUUGAGCCAUCACGUUUCUCCGUGGUCCUGGGAACAAACACCUUGGAUCCCAUCAGCUCUGAUGGUGUCACCCACAAAGUGAAACAGAUUUUGGCGCAUCCAGGCUACGCAGGUAACAUCGAAGACAGCAGCGAUGUUGCCCUUUUGGAACUCUCAGAACCAGUGUCCUUCACGGAGAAAAUUCGGCCCAUCUGCAUCGCCGACAACUCCUCCCGGCCUGCCUCUGGCACACCCUGCUGGGUGACUGGUUGGGGAAGGCUAAAAUUGGGAGAAAAUCUGCCCCCUCCACUAACUCUCCAGAAGGUCGAAGUGCCUCUCAUCUACCGUGAGGCCUGUGACAACUUCUACCACCAGCCUCAACCAUCAUCUACUGAACAGCCUUCUCCCACCAGCCCCUCCCCACGGAAUGGUGAUGAGAUUCCUGAGGGCCCCAUCAUCUUGGAGGGCAUGAUCUGUGCCGGCUACCCAGAGGGCCAACGGGACUCCUGCAGUGGUGACUCUGGGGGCCCUCUUGCCUGCCCAGUGGAUGGAGUUUGGGUGUUGACUGGUGUGGUUAGCUUUGGGGAAGGCUGUGCCUUCCCAAACCGCCCUGGAGUUUAUGCUGACGUGGCCACUUACUCCUCCUGGAUCCUCAAGAAUGUUCCUCAAGGGAAUGGAAACUAG